CCGGGAUGUCGGCGAUGAGCAGCGCCUCGGAGGAGCGGGAGCUGCAGGAGCGGCUGCGGGAGGCGGCGGCGCUGGGGGACGCCGAGGAGGUGCGGAGGCUGCUGGGGCUCGGCGUGGACCCCAACUCCCAGAACGAAGUCAACGGCUGGACGUGCCUGCACUGGGCCUGCAAGCGGAACCAUGCCCAGGUGGUGGCUUGUCUGCUGGCUGCUGGUGCGGACAAGCAGAUCCUCACGGCCACCGGGGAGCUGGCUGCACAGUUAACUUCGAAACCAGACAUUCGGAAGAUUUUGGGAGAGGAAGAAAAUGAAUGUCAAGGAGCGAAAGAUUUAAAUUUGCCAGUUGUUGCAAACUAUUUGGCCAACCCACCAUUCCCUUAUGUCUAUACUGAAGCAAGCAUUCCAGACAGCUUGGCAGAAUCCCUGAAUGAAAGUGCUUCCAUCUCUUCCGCUUCCCAGAGUGAAACUAGUCCUUGUUCAUCAGCAACUCAGGUUGAAAGCAUAUGCACACCUACAUCAUGUAACAGCAACGAUGAUUUUCCUGCGCCAGAUGCUGCGGAACAGCUGCCCAGCCCAUCAGCACCUACCACAGCACCAACAUGCGUAAUGCCCGAAAUGCAGGACGGCCCUGUUUGUCAGCCACCCUUGUCUCACAGCAGAGGUUUGUUUUCCUCUGUAGCAUCAAACGAGGCUGUACCUCAGCAAACUGACAGUUCACCUACUGGUCCUGCACCAACGUUUCAGCCCUUUUUCUUUACUGGAACUUUCCCGUAUAACAUGCAAGAACUUGUACUUAAGGUGAGAGUCCAGAAUCUCAGAGACAACGACUUCAUUGAAAUUGAGCUAGACAGACAAGAACUGACUUAUCAAGGUCUGCUCAGAGUGAGUUGCUGUGAAUUGGGUGUAAAUCCUGAACAAGUAGAGAAGAUAAGAAAAUUACCUAAUACACUGGUAAGAAAGGACAAGGACGUGGCCAGACUUCAGGACUUCCAAGAGCUGGAGUUAGUUCUUGUGAGAAGUGACACCUCUCCCUUCAGAAAUGCUGCAUCAACCUUGACUGAGAGACCAUGCUACAACAGUAGAGCAUCAAAGCUGACUUACUGACUCUUCUAGAUGCACUCUAGAAUACAAAAACCUGGUAAUUAUAUGAUGCUGCCUUUUGAAGGCAGUGAAUUAAGCAUCUAUGAAACCUUAAGUUAUUGUUAGGGUUAAUAUUUUAACUAAUAAUUUAUCUUUGAUAUUUAAUAACCCCUUUGCUUUUAUUUUUUUACUUGAUACUGUAUUCAGAUAAAGGAUACCUCAUGUCUACUAAAAUCACAUGCUUCCAGUGCUGUUCAAUUCAGUUUAUUGUUUGUAUUUGGCAACAGAGGGCAGCAAAGACUGAAUUGUUGAUAGAAAAGUAUGUUGAGUAUUCCCACUCUGUCUUUUCCCUGACUCUUACUUGGUCAUUCAGGAAAUAGUGUAUGUAUGUAUAUGUUUUUGAACUUCCUGCUUAAGUUACAAUUCAGAGGGUAUUUGGCACACACUGAACGGCUGCUCUCUAAAAAUGUAGGAUUCCUUAAUCUCUUCCCCCUUCACAAAGUCUUACCAAGAUGCUAUUGUUUUCUUUCCACUUCUCCGCAAAAUUAUAAGCGAAUUGAAUGUCACUUAAGUACCAAAUGAAUGCUGAGCAGUGUUUUUUGAAUUUGAGAAGGAUUUUUCACAUUCACGUUUAGGCCCAGGACUCCAGUGCAAUAGUAAUGAGGACAAUAAGCAUUCUGCAUUUGUAAGACCUGACUGUGCAGCAGGCAGUUACCUCAACUGCCCUGUGCAAGCCAACCCCAUAGGCACCUGCACUUGAAGCACAGCUGUAGCUCAAGUGUAUUGCUAUUUAAAGAAGUCUUUGCUUCCCGCAGCAGUGUGGUGCUGGCCAGGCUGCGUUUAGACACGAGCUGGUACAUAUGCAAGGUACUGCAUACAGCCUGUGCCAGUGCUAGCUUCCAAUGCCACACCAUACUGCAGCGUGUGACAUAGACACAGCCUUACUCUCCUCCACCUAAACACAGUUCCAUAGUAUGACACCACUGCAUCUACCUUAUGAGACUAGAAAUAUUUAAUGCUCUCAGGUAACAGGAGAAAAACUGUUACUAGCCUGAAAAUAAGAAUACUUGUUUUGUAAAAUUUUAUUGUAAAAUAAAUUUAAAUACUUGUUUCCUUCUCUUAUAAGAAUAUCGUAACUUAAGUGAGGGCAUCCCUUCAGUUCCACAAAAUCUUAAAUUAAAAAAUGUUUUUUUUUAAUAAGUAUUUAAGGUACAAAGCAAGUUAACAUGCCUAUUCAAAAGAAAGCCCUUAUGUUUCAGAUAGGGCGGGCAUCAUAAAGCUGUGACCUUUGUUUUUAUUUUCCCAACCAUUUGGGGAGACUAUACAUUAGACACACCAAAAGCCAGUACUGUCAGGUAGCUUCUGUAUAGCCCAGCCUCAAAGACCAGUUACAAGGUGCGUGGUUAGCUUCUGCUGUGUGAGGAGCAGGAGAAGCACAACAGUAUAGUCUUGAGGUAUCACAACUCUAAGGAGCAUACUAUGCUCCUGAUUAGCCAUACUAAACUGGAAACAUAUACAAUUGUUAAAUAACCUGCAACUUUACCAUCACUUUUAAGUAGUGUCAAAAUUGUUAGCCAGAUGAGUACCUAAAAGGCUGAAGGCCUCUAAGUGUUUUCAUGAUUUUGGGGUGGAGGGAGAGAAACAGCUGGCUAAGAUGAGGCCUGCUUUAGCUAGCACUGAAGCAAGUCAGUAAUGAAAAUAUUCAUAAAACCACAGAUGGAUGGAUGGAUGGCAAAAAUCAUUGUUAAAACACACCUUGUCGGAGUCACUCCUUUUCACUCCAAAUUUUCAUUAAGGUAGUUAACUUGCAGUAUGCUGAAAUAUUAACAGCCUGAAACUUCGAGCUAAUGCCAGUAUUCUGCAAAGCUAAGAAGCUUUUUGUUUUCUCCUAUACCAAAAAACUAACGCAACAACCUUUACACCAAAAAUGUUGAAAGGGUUAUGGGGAGUAGAGUUAUUUUUUUCUGAACCUGAGGGUUUGUUUUUUUUUUUUAAUUUGAUACUGAUUUUCCUUCAAUCUCUGCUUUAUUAAGCUGCAUUAGAGCAGAUUCUUUAUGCAUAGCUGGCACAGUGUUUGUUGUUGAUCUGGAUUGCAGUGUUGACAUUCAGACCAUAAAUAGUACAAUCAACAUGUUUUGGUAGGAGCAGCAUGGCUGCCACGAUUUCUUAGCUUCCUGUGGCACAGCCGCUUUAUCAUUGAAGCGACUCCUCUAAGGGAGGUUGGUAAAAGCACGCAUUUCAGAAAAAUACAGAAACCCCUUCUGCCAGCAGAAGAGAUGCUCGAGUCUGUGUUCGGGCUUUCCACUAAGUUACUUGGGCUUAAAAUUCUUGCUUUAGUGGAUUGAAAAUAAUUACCAUCCUUUCCCACCUGCUCCCUCUUACAAGGAAUGUGACUUAACAUCUUUUCACUUACUCUAAGUCCUACUCUGUCCAAGAGCUGGGCUACUUCAAAGCCUGAUUCAGCUGCUGGUAAGCUAACACCUAUGACACAACAUGAAGUAGAAAUACCUAUUUCUCCCAUUUUGUUUUUCUUGUACAACAGGAAAUGAGCUUUUAUCUUAACACCUAUGUAUCUAUCUUUUCAAUGUAGCUUGGAGACUAGUUCAGAAGAUGUGCAAUAACUGUUUGAAAACCAGUACAGGAAUAGUUAAACGGUUCAAAAUAAAACUGAUUUCUUUCCAGUUCCUGUAUUUAAGAUAUCAGUGUAAAGACUGCCUCCACUAAUUAAUAAACGUUCAGCUAUACGAGCAGCUAGUUUAAAAAAGCUUUAUUUGCACUAGUUUCCACAAAGAAUAGCUGUUAAUGUGAUUAGACUAAAACUUUAAUUAUGAUUUGACUGUAAUAACAGUAAGUCUAUGCAUUUCAGAGAAAUAUUUUUAUAUGUUUUAUGCAGUUUGAUAGACUCUAAGGCACACUAAGUUUCAUUGUUGUUUGGUUUUCUUUGGACAAUAAAUUGUUGGUAAUAACUGAAACUAAGUUUACAAAACUUACUGUUCUUCCAAGGACUUUUGUUUGCACUACAAACUGAUACUGAACUGACAUUGCUACUCUUCAGUUCUAUUAAAAUACUGGUUGUUUAAAGUAUUUAGAUGUCUUCCCUUUUCUUUGUUGGCUUGGGGGGGGAAUGACACACAAAACAACUAGGGUGGACGUUAAAAUUUUAACGCAACUUUGAAAAAUCACAUAGCCGUAUGUUCUGAACAACAAAUAAAAGACUCGUCAAGGUGCCAAACAGUAUGGCAAAAGCAUGGGGGAAGUGCUUACUUAAAUAAGCUACAUGUUUUUUGCAUAGCAUACCUGGAAAAUCUCAGGUUUUAUCUUGGGCUUGAGCUCUGAAGAUGACACUUUUCACAUAGACCAAUGUAUUGCGGAGACACUCAUUGUAUUUAAAUCUGAAGGAAAGUACUGGAAAGGCAACGUGUUUCCUAUGCUCUGAAAUACGGAAUUUUUCCUUCAACUUCAAUGCACCAAAAUCUCUGCUAUUAGCUGUGCCAAAAUGGGAAUCCCAGCUCAAGUUACUAAAAGGUUCCUCAUUUUUACCAUUCAUACCUGUCAAAAAUAAGUAAAGGAAAAUGCUGGUCCCCAUAACAAUUACAACAUAAUUGUAAUUACAUGCAACGUAAGGUGCAACACAAACAUUUUAGCCAAAUCAAUAAGUGACACGUUCAUUCAUGCAGUGGGUGAAUCCUGUCUCUUCCUCAAGUUUAGAGAGGAAAAGGUGUUUGUAAAGUGUCAGUAUUAGAACUUAACUAUAAUUUUACCUGCUUUCACUCACAUGAAUUCUCAUGUAUUUCCAAUAAAAAGAACAGCCUCCUUUCUGCUGUGGCCACAUAACCACAUCUGCUUUGGAAAAAUAAAGUCAGAAAGGGAUCACGGCGGUCUGCAAGUAGUAUCCCAGCUUAUCAGAAAAGCAGUGCUCCAUUUCACCAGAGGGACCAACCUGCAGAUCCUUUGCAAGUGCACUUCCACAAACAGAUGACAAAGGCACACCGACACCAGCACAAGCAACAGAGGUGUUUUGUCCAUAUAUGACUACCAUUACCUACAGAAUCAAGUCCUGAAUAUUGACACAAAGGAUAACGUAUUUUUUUAAAAUGUGAGUUUAAUGUCUUACAGACACAGCACUGAAGUACACUUUACUGUCUCACUCCUGACUGGGACACAUAGCAUGGACUCUUCCAACAAGAUCUACAUUUGCUUGUGCUAUAGCCUUACAAGAAAGUGCCAAGGAUGUUUCUUUUACCUUAUCUGUGGCAACACGCAAAUCAUGCAUGCUUACCAACUGCAUAAAGUUGUUAAGUAAUGUUCAAAACUGAUACUACAAUACAAAUGUAAAGGCAAGCUGAUGGUCAGUCUCAGCAAUGGCAUCUUUCUGAUACUAGUACAGAAGUUUCUGUUCUAUAAAUGCUUAAGGCCUACGUUUUUAUUGUGAAAUUUCCGUAACCUCUUAACCAAUUGCAGAAUAAGCCACAGCAUA